AUGUCUUAUAGAUCAUGCCAGCGACUACCGCUUAAUAGAUAUUUAUCAAUAGAUUAUUUAACAAAAUCUAUACCCCAAGGUCAACCUAAACUCAAAAGCUUAAUCCAUCAAGUUGAUGUAAAUUCACAUUCAAAUGAUCACAAUCACAAGAUACGAUCAAAGAUAAUAACUCCGAAUAUGCUUAAUGACAUUUUUCAAGAUGAAGGAUAUGAAACAUAUAGUCAACGGCAAGUUGCAAAAUCUCAACAAUUUUUCAAUAAUUUGGAAGUUAAUAUAGACUGGACUUUGGCGGAGUUUAAUGAAAUCCCAGAUGUUAAAUACGAAAUUUUGAAAACUGAGCAGGCAAGUAAGGGUCUAAAUUCAAAUAAAACGUUUGGGAUAAAACCAGAGCUAUUAAGAAAUCUACCGGAAAUUUUAGUCAUGGGUCAUACAAAUGUAGGUAAAUCUUCUUUAAUUAAUAAUUUGUUAAUCCCUAAAAAGUCGUUGAGUAAAAGUGAUCAAUUAGCGUAUGUAUCAGCAAAAGCAGGAUUUACAAAAACAUUAAAUUGCUUUAGAAUGUCGAAUAAAUUAAGACUUAUAGAUAGUCCCGGUUAUGGGAGAAGAGGUAUUGAAAAGCAAGGUGAUAUGAUCAUGAAUUAUAUUGAGAGACGUCAUCGUUUAAAGAAAGUCUUGUUAUUGAUUGAUUCAAUUGAAGGUGUUAGACAUGAGGACAAGCAUAUCUUGGAUUAUCUUGUGGAGCUGGGUGUUUCUUUUGAUAUAGUGUUUACAAAAAUGGAUGAAGUUUUGAAAAAGUGUUUUAAAAAUAACGUUUUUGGAACUGAAAAUUAUGACGAUAAAGUUAAAUCUGGUAAUCAACAUGUAUUAGAGCAUUAUUAUGAUUUGAUAGAAGAUAUAGGUGAUUCGACAACGUCUCCAAGAUAUUUUUUCAAUAAUGCUCAAGUAAACAAAUUCAUCAAUGAAUUUCAAGGUUCAAAAGCAAUCAGAUGUAAUAUUUUAGAUAGUUGCAAUUUACUUUAA